CCAGAUGCUGAGGGCUUGGGGUUUAGUUCCUCUCUGCUUUGGGGCGGUGUUUGCGCGUUGCUUUUACCUUUUCAGAUAUUCGUGUCUUUCUAGACGAGGAUUUUAUUGGGAGGUAAAAGUCAAUGCAGAGCUGUAGUGUAAGAUGCCUUAUGGUGAAAUUGAAGCAAAAUCCUUGGAUCAUGGUGAAGAACUAACAAGUGAACCAUGCUAUAAAAAAUUGAAGUCAGCUGAAGAGGCUUAUGUUUUUUCCCACCAUGGUAGUGCUGAUUUUCACAGAAUCCAAGAGAAAACUGGGAAUGAUUGGGUUCCUGUGACGGUUGUUGAUGUCAGAGGACAUAGUUAUCCUCAGGAGGACAAAAUCAAAGCUACAGACUCGCCGAAACCUGUGCGUGAUGAGGUGCCUGGUAAUAAUAGACCAGAUGUUAUCGAAUCCAUUGAUGCACAGAUUUUACAGGAUACAGGUCCUCCAUUGGUAUCCACAGAUGAUGAGAUAUAUAGCACAAGUAAAGCAUUUAUAGGACCCAUUUACAAACCACCUGAGAAGAGGAAAUGUAAUGAAGGGAGGAAUCAGUCAGGCACUAUCAAUGGUAUAGCUGACAAAGGACGAGAAACGAAACAGAAAUUUAACUCCAAAGAAUCAGAGCUUGACAAUGAAUUAUUCCAGUUUUACAAAGAAAUUGAAGAGCUUGAAAAUGAAAAAGAUGAGUUGGAAGGAAGUUGGAAAGAACCUGAACCUUCUGAGGAACAAGUUACUGCCUGUCAGGGCCAUGAUAAUGAUCUGUUAAAAUCUGAAGAAGGAAAGAAAAGAGAUAUUAGUAAUGUUCUUCAGUCACAUUGUGGUUAUCCACAGCACGUGGGAAACGAGCCAGGCAGAUAUCCUUGUAAUGGACAAGUAAUACCUGCAUUUUGUGAUGAUGCGUUCACUUCCUUCAGGCCUGAAUGGCAGUCAGUACAUUCUUUUAUAGUACCCUCCGGUCCUCCUCUUCCCAGUUUUAACUAUCAUUUAAAUAUUCAAAGAUUCGAUGCUCCACCAAAUCCACCAUCAAAUAUUUUCCAUGCCCAAGAUGGUUCUCAGUUUCAAAAUGGGUAUUAUGUAAAUGGUUGUCACGUUAACUGGAACUGUUUGACUUUUGAUCAGAACAAUGACUAUAUUGAUUGUAGUGAGAACACCAGUAGAGAUCUUUCCUCUACAAAUGGCUACAGUGUGCAGGAUGGAUAUGUGAGUAAUGGUUUCUAUGAAACCAGUGAAGGAUGUUGGAAAGAUACUUCUAUGGACAACCAUCAUGGAACACACAGGCUUAUGAACCAGCAGUUUCAAGAGGAAAAGUUAAAUAAAUUGCAGAAACUACUUAUUCUUUUAAGAGGGUUGCCUGGUUCUGGGAAAACAACGUUGUCUCGAAUUCUGCUUGGUCAGAGUCGUGAUGGCAUUGUGUUCAGCACUGAUGACUAUUUUCACCAUCAAGAUGGGUACAGGUAUAAUGUUAAUCAACUUGGUGAUGCCCAUGACUGGAACCAGAACAGAGCAAAACAAGCUAUCAAUCAAGGGAGAUCUCCAGUUAUAAUAGACAACACUAAUACACAAGCUUGGGAAAUGAAACCAUAUGUGGAAAUGGCCAUAGGAAAAGGAUACAGAGUAGAGUUUCAUGAACCUGAAACUUGGUGGAAAUUUGAUCCUGAAGAAUUAGAAAAGAGGAAUAAACAUGGUGUAUCUCGAAAGAAGAUUGCUCAGAUGUUGGAUCGUUACGAAUACGAAAUGUCCAUCUCUAUUGUAAUGAAUUCAGUGGAACCGCCACACAAAAGCACACAAAGACCUCCUCCUUCACAGGGGAGACAGAGAGAAAGCGAUUUGAAGAAAACUGGGCCCAGGUUCAGCAAAAACAAGCAGAAGAGAAGCAGAAAAAGAAGUAAAAAGCAGAACAGUCAUGGUAAAAUCAUGGGAGAAAACCCAUUUGAAACCUUAAGUUAUACACCAGGAGACCAGGACCCCUCUCAGAGUGCAGAGGAAGACUUGGAAGACACCAACAGAGAAUCGGCGUGCACCGUCACUGGUGGACUGGGACAUGAACUAAGAGGUUUAGUAAAUAGCCACCAAGAUGAAAUAUGGAGAAGCAUACAUCCCGAAGAUGGUUUUCCAAAUGUUAUGUCUGCAGUUGAGCUGGACAAUACACCAAAAAAUUACCUCCCUAAAGAACACGAUGAUUUGUUUCCAAAUAUGUCAUCGAUGCCGCAUGAAAACGCUGUUACUUGCCCGACAAUGACUCAGAGUCUUUCCUGCAUGGCAAGUGAUGACUGGUCUGGCACGAAUGUAGGAAAGCACACUGGAAGCAGGCAUCCCACAGCGUCAGACGUCCAGGGUGGAUCUGCGUCCAUCCCAUGCUCAUUGAUGCAGAAGAGAGAGAGGGUAGAUAAAAGACUCCUGAAUGAAACAUUUCUGUGCAAUCGAUAUGGAUCCAGAACUUCAGAUAAAAGUUUAAGAAAGGAACAAGGAGUAAAUACAGCUAAAAACGAUUAUUGGGCUUUUUCUUCAAACAAUUUUUCUGAUGAAGAAUUACAGCUGAGCUCUGAGAGGCAACCCUAUUUUGGGAGCUGGCCUGAAGGACCUCAUAAGUUUAUAUGUGAACAAAGACCAAAGAGAGAGAGAUGGCAAAGGCUGGCCUCUCCGGACAGCAGGGGACAAUUGAUUAAGUUGAUCUCCACUUCUGAAGGAACUUCAGGACCAGGAAGCGGUCCAGAAACACUGCUAGAGGAGAAGCUGUUGAUAGAAAAUGAAGAUUUGUCACCUCCCACUGAGAAUAUAGAUUCAAUCAUAGAAACAGAAACAAAUGUCUUUAGAAGCUGCUUGCCUAACCUGCAUAUCCCAAAGAGUGACUUAUGCUCAACAAAGAAUAAGAAAAGGAGGGAGAAAAGGAUUUUCAAUUUGGCACCAAACUUUAACUUACUGGGACAGAGAUAUAUCAGUGUAAAAGAAAGUGGGGAAUGUGGCGUGGUAACAGAAAGCCGUGGACUAAAAAUUAUUUUGGAAGAAGAAAAAGAUAGAAUCUCAGAAAUAAACAAUAUAGAGGAGAAUAAGCAAAAACUUAUGACCUUUGGUCAUCAUCCAUCAUGGUUUUGCUUUGCUGUUUUCGAAGAUCCUCCUUUAAAUUUUGGUAGACAGUCUUAUUCUCAUUACCUGCCGUUUAGUAGACUAAGGCGCUCUGUGUACUUUUAUAAAAACCCUAUUCCUUCUCUUGUGCUACAGUAUACCUUCAGCUUUUGGAUGGUAUCUUUUACGAGCAAGAAACCAUCUUUGACUUUCAAAUCUCAGACAAGGGUAGAUGACCAACUACAUGACCUAGGGUUUAGUUCUUCAGAAAUUUUAAGUAGCCAAUCUGAUACUUUGUACUCUUUUAGGGUCACUUCUGAUCUUCACUUUUUAAAUGAAAGUUUUGAUGAAAAGCUGAAGACAUGGGAAGAACCUAAGCCAUUACAGUUCUUACAAACUGAAGAUAACCAAGAUUUGACGAGCACUGGCUUUGAUUCCCUUGAACUACAAUUAUCACAAGGGUUUGCCUUUCAACUGGUAAAGCUUUUUGGAUCCCCUGGAGUUCCAAUGGAAUCUUUGUUGCCUGAUGACUGUGUGGUUUCCCUUGACUGGAAGACACUGAAGAUGAUCUAUUUGCAGUGGAAAAUAUCAGUAGAGAAAAGACAGAAGAAGAUUGGUUAAAAAUGAGAAUUUCUGGAACCUUGAAUUCUCCAGUCCUCCUCGUGCUGUUGAAGACCCUAAUCGUCAAGAAAGAGUGCCCAGUGCCCGCCCAAAGGAUCAUUUUCAACGAUACACUCAUUGGAUACCAAAAUUGGUUUGGAUAAUCUGUCCAACCAUUCUUGAUUAGUUAUCUGAAUAAUAAAAAACUCAACAAAAGAGGGAGGAAGAAUAUACAGUGCGCUAUGUGUUUAUAAUUACUUGGUGGAAAGGCUGCCCAGCUAUACAGGAGAUUCUCCACCAUCGUAGUCCCGGAGCCAUUGGGAAAGUAGAAGAACACGCUGCUGAAUUGGACCAAGAUAAUAUUGCAGGUGUGGUUUAUGACUAGAGAAGCAGUAGAAAUAGAGGAAGAAAUGAAAGGGGAAGAAUGUGUUCAUAGGAAGAUCUCAGACAUGCACAAGAUGUUCCCUUAAUCUAAUCCAAGCCUAAGACACUGAGAAGUUAGACAUCUUGAUCAGGGUCACAGGGAUGACUUCCUAUUUCUAGUGCAGAGCUUUUACUUCUGCACCAAAGGAAGAGGCCACUGGGAGUGACCUCGUGAGAGACUAAUGAAGUUGGUUUUGAAUUUGUUGUUUAAUUAAAAAACGCUUACGUGGUCUAUUAAAAGGGCUAAGUUUACCUGGAUUAACUCUUAGAGUAAGAAAGUCACCUUUUAUUAUUUGUCAUUAUUGAUGAUAUAUUUCUUUGGCUAUAAAAAAUACCAGGGAAUUAAUUUUCUUUAUUAAUGUGGUACCACUGGGACAAUGGGAGGGGAUGAUUUAGAUUUUUUAAUAAGUACUCAUAUUUAUCCUGAUUAUGGUCUGUUGGAGAGAGAUGUAGUCAAUAUCCAACCCCCUGAGGGUCUGAAGCCCCUUCCUCGUCUACUCACAGGAUAAGACAUUUGUAAUUCAAUCUAGUGACUUAGUUCCCUCUUGGCAUUUCAAUGAACUCUUCUCUAUUUAAUGGCACCAUUCUAGGCCCAUUCAGACUCUAGAGGAACCCAAUAAGGAAUUGUUUGUUUUCACUCCAAAUUAUCUAAAGAGACCUAGGCUCUAUGGAUUGAGGACAUUGUACAAUAAGGAAAAACUGACCUAAUUUCUGAUUGUUCCUUCAUAAGGAUCUCUAUGGCAUCAUGUGUAUGACUUAGGGAGAAGGCUAUCUGGUUUUAUCAAGGUAAGAGCCGGGAAAAGAGAAGGGAGAAAGGAAAGAAAGUAUACAUUUAUUGAGUGCUAACUGUAUGCUUGGCAGUUUAUAGACGCUGGCUUAUUGGAUCUUUACAAUAACCCUACGAUAUGGUUGAUUUCAUUUUAUAAGCGAGGAAAUUAGAAUCAGAGAAUCAUGCACUUGGUCCUGAGAUUCCAGAUUUUGUAAUACACAAAGUGGUCUUACCUACUAGGGAUGUUCAUGAACAAACACACAUACAUCUGCUUUUCAUAGUUACUAGGGAAUCCUGUUGAGGCGUGAUUGUAUAGCGAGGAUAUUUCAAUGUUCUUUUUCACACUUUUUAAGGAUAUUUUAAGAGGGGCUUUCUCUGCUCUCGAAAGUAGCACCUCUCCAGCAUUCUUUGCCCUGUACUUUGACUUCCUUUUCUCCCUUACACUAGCACCCCCCGACAUAUGGUUACUUAUUUAUUAUCUAUUUAUUUUACUAGAAGGUAGCUUUGUGAGACAUGUUGUGAGCCCCUUGAUAUCAGGAAAUAUUUUUUCUUCAGCUUCUGAGAGAAGGUAUGGCACCUAGUAGGCCUAUGUCACUAAAUAUUUGAUGGAUUUGUCAGUGCCAGAAGCUUCCUAACAGUUGCCAGCUCAGUUGUCAGCAUGGGACUCGAGUAAAGCACAAAAGUGAAAAGGAGAUUAUUCACACAAAGCGAGGUGUAAAAGAAUGAAUGGGCUGUGGAGAAUAGAUGAGAGAAACAAAGCACAGGUACAGCCAUCCGCUCCAAAGUCCUCUUCCAUGGGUACACAAGAAAAUCCUUCCUGUGUUUUACACGUGAAGAUGUUGGAAGUGCCACCUUCACCACCCAGGAGUCACACUAAAAAGGGGUUUAAAAAUUAGAAUCAAAGAUGCAGCUGCUUUCACAGAGAAGCAGCAGCCAGCGGUUUUCCGUUCAACCACUGUUCUGUUGUCUAUAACUGACUUAGGACAUCUUGGGAAAGCACAGCAAAAAACAAGUUAACACUGAGGUAGGUGUGCUUCUGAUUCCUCCUAUUCUGAGCAUGGCUGAAGUUACCAACAAUAGAAACAUGGGGACACCUGUACCAUUGCUAGAUUCUACAGAAGGGAGUUGUUCACAUACAAAAAAAGGAAGUUCUCAUAGGUAGAGUGGAGUGGGAUGCACUGGCCCUUGAGGGCUAUCUGGGAGUCUGGUAGACAUUCACAUGCCCUCCUUUGGAGGCACGAGGGGUAAGAGCAAGAGGGAGCAGUAGGACAGACUGGGAACUCCUUGCUGCAGUCUCCUUAGCCACGGUGGCUUGGUGGUAUCCAUGGGGCUGGCAGUGGUUGAGUUGCAUCUUUCCAACUCUUUACAAUAGGGCAAGGUUCAGCUUUGACAUGGUGUUUGGAAGCACCAACAAGGUCAAGCCACACCAGGCCUCAGGGGAGACUGUCCCAAGUCAUUAACAGCCGUGGUUCCUUCCCCAUUCUCUUCAGGGUGUUGGGUCAUAGAACUUGUUCCUUACUUCCCAGUUUAAAGCCCUUGAGGAGGGGGCACGUGGCUGGCUCAGAUGGUCGAGCGUCUUACUCUUGGUUUCGGCAUAGGUCAUUAUUUCACAGUUCCUGGGAAACUGACAGCACAGAGCCUGCAUGGGAUUCUCCCUCUCUCUCUGUGCCUCCCCUGCUCGCUCUCUCUCUCUCUGAAAAUAAAAAAAUAAACAUUAAAAAAGAAAUAAAAUCCUUGAAAAGAAUACCAGUAACAUCAGAGGAAGUACUGGGAUCCAAGAAGAAUCCUCUCUUCCAGUCCCCUUUGGGGGUAAACCCAAGGGUUAGGUAAAAUUCUCAAUGUACAAAGAUGAGUAACUAGAAAUUCUCCUCAUACAGUUUGGGGCUAUAUAAAAUGAGUUUGCAUAAUUAAGGAAAUAGAGCUUAAUAUUCCAGAACCAUUCAUACCUUCAGCAGGUGUUUAUUGAGUAUGUCUCAUGUGCUUGACAUUCUUCUAUUUGCUUAGAAUACAGCAGUGAACAAAACAUUCCUGCCUUCAUGGAACAUAUAUUCUAUCAGAGAAAAACAUUUUUCUGAAAGGAAGAAACUUUUAAACAACACCUGCUCUGUUCUUUCAAAAAACAAAAAAGGAUCCCAUAGCUACUCCUCUUGAUGUAUAUAGCCUCAGGAAACAUUCAACGUAUGCACGCGAAGGGAGAUAGGCACAAUGAUGUUCAUUGAAACUUGUUCAUAGUAAGGAAAACUGCAAACAACCUAAAUGUCACUAGAGAAAAGGAUAAAUGAAUGUGGUUUGUUUGUUUUAUAGCACUCACGCGUAGUGGUUUAGUGUGCAGCUCUGGGGCCGGAAGUCUAGGUUUUAAUCUAGCUGUAGCACUCAAGGGUCUUUGUUUUUUUCCAGUUUUAAUGAGAUAUCGUUGACAUAUGACAUUUGUUGUUUAGAUUCCACAUAUAAGUGAAAUCAUUUUUGUAUUUGUCUUUCUCUGUCUGACUUAUUUCACUUAGCAUUAUAGCCUCUAGGUCCAUCCAUGUUGUCACAAAUGGGAAGAUUUUAUUCUUUUUAUGGCUAAUAUUUCAUAUAUACACCACAUCUUCAUUAUACCAUUCAUCUGUUUAUGGAUGCUUAGGCUGGUUUCAUAUUUUGUCUAUUGUAAAAAAUGCUGCAGUGAACAUGGGGAUGCAUAUAUCUCUUCAAAUUGGUGUUUUUGUUUUCUUCCAGAAGUGGAAUGGCUGGAUCAUAUGGUAGUUCUAUUUUUAAUUUUUUGAAGAACCUCCAUACUAUUUUUCACAGUGGCUGCACCAACUUAAAAUCCCACCAGCAGUGUCUGAGGGUCCUUUUAUCCACAUCCUUAUCUUACUAAAAAAAUAAAAAUGUUUUAUUUCUUUGUGAUAAUGGCCAUUAUGCCUGGUGUGUGGUGAUAUCUCAUUAUGGUUUUAUUUACAUUUCCCUGAUUAUUAGUGAUGUUGAGCACCUUUCAUGUUUCACCUGUUUCAUGUUAGUGUAGGUCUUCUUUGGAGAACAGUCUAUUCAAGUCCUCUGCCCAUUUUUAAAUGAGAUUUUUUUUUUAAUAAUAAGUUGUGUAAGUUCUUUAUACAUUUUUUUUUUAUUUUUGUUCAAAGCAAAUU